CUAUAUGUACCUAGCUAGGUACCUACUUACCUAAACCACGGGAUCUCGCGCCAAAGCCAUAAGCCUCUGAGGGGGAGGGGUGAUGCUAUAACUCAUUACAACAAUGGCCUCUCUACAAAGCCAGCAGCCUCGUGAAGAGCACCCAUCAGUACCUCUCAGCCAAGCUAACAACCUCUUAAUUUCAUUCACCCAGUUCCUCACAAUUUGCAUCCAUAAUAUCCUCUACUAUCGCUCUAUCUACCCAGCUCAGACAUUUCUCACCAGUCGAGCAUAUAACCUACCGGUUCAUCAGUCAAGACAUCCGAAAGUAUGUUCGUGGAUCCGCGACGCUGUAGAUGCUGUAAAGGGACAGCUUGUCCUAGGUGUUGUGGAGCGCAUUGCUAUUGUCAUAUAUGACGGACAGGCAAGAGUAAUGGAACGAUGGAUGUUUGAUGUCGCCAACUUCCCCGCAUGGAAAGGUUUCAAAGAAGCAAGGGGCCCAAGAAUAGAAGAAGAAGACGAACUUGUUGAAGGGGCUAGAAAUGUUGAGAGUGGCGUAGAGGGAAAAGUGAAUUGGGCCAACGUAGAUGAACAACUACGUGCUACUGUGAGGAAGUUAACAUAUGCUGCUGAAAAGAUUACACCACUUCCAGAUGGAUGUACUUUUACUAUUGCAGUGGAAUUACGAGAUGAAAGUGAAGCGCCAAUAGGGCACCCCCAACCUUGGAUACCUUCACAACCAAAUCUACAGACAAGAUCCAGAGACAACCCAGCGCCUGGUCAAGAUGUUGGGGGAGCUAAGACAACUCCCCUCUGUGCAGUAGAAGCCGGGCCUUUGUUCUUUGAAUGCUGGGUUGAAGAAGGCAAAGCUAAAGAACAAUUAUCAUCACCCUCGUCAAGUGAAUAAAAUUUACAUAUUCAUGCUAAUACUACUUGUUCAGUGUGAGCUUACGUUAUUUUAGUAUUUGGGGGAUUUUAUAUUAGUUAAAAUAAUGUGAUACUGUAGUC